AUAUUAUAAGUCAUACAUGCAAAAAGUCAUUUAUUGUGUUCAAAAAGUCACGUUUGUUGGUUAAGGAUCAUUUUAACAUUUUGGAGUAAAUAGUUAGCUAUGUCUGACACAAAUACCUCCUCGGAUAUACAGAUAAGGCAGCUACCUCUGACAUGGAUGAGGAAGAUGUUAACUAUUCUACUGACCUUUGACAAAGACAAAGAUGGAGUGAUGGGCUAUGAGGAUCAUAUGCAGGUGGUUGAUAAAUUUGUAAGAGAAGCUAACUUGACAGGGAAGGCAAGAGACGGCAUAUACCAGACUUUUCAGGACUACUGCACAUCUGGGGAAUCACAGGGCAUUCCGAAUUCUCCUUCAGUAGCACAGCAACUUCUGACUGUUUGGAUACAGAAAGACAACCCAGAAACAGUUGAGAAGUGGUAUAAAAUUCAAACAGAAAAUGCCCAGCUUCUAAGCUUGGACGUGCCUGGUUUCAUGACAUUUGAUAACUACAUGGUAUAUUGGAAUGGACUGGGCCUCGAUAAAAGAUUUGCAAGAAUGCAAUUUGACUACAUGGAUACAAAUAAUGAUGGACUGAUAAGCCAUGAAGAAUUUGCCAAUGGAUAUUUGGAAUAUAUGUGUAACACAGAUCAAAAUAAUCUCAACCGCUAUUUUGGACCAUUGAUGAGAUACUAAAUUAAAGGACCCAUUUAAACCACUUUGGCUUAUUUUGUAUUCUUACCCAAU